AUGGCAAUAUCAAUAAAUACCAGCAAUGUGUACAUUCUCUCCGUUCCGAAGUCUUCGGGUGAUCGAUUUAAAUUGGUCGACACACUUAAAGAACACUCCGCUCUAGUUAUGGGGAUCGAUUGGUGUGCCACCUCAAAUCAGAUUGUCUCGUGUUCAGCUGACAGAAAUGCUUAUGUUUGGAAGCAGACCCCUGAUGGUAAAUGGAAGCCUACACUUGUGGCCUUGCAGAUAAAUAGAGCUGCCCUCUGUGUAAAAUGGUCACCGCUUGGGAAUAAGUUCGCCGUCGGUUCAGGAAGCAAGAUUGUUUCCGUGUGCUUUUUCGAGAAGGAACAGGACUGGUGGGUCCCGAAGCAAAUCAGAAAGACCAUGAAGUCUACAAUCACCUGUGUUGACUGGCAUCCCAACAAUACUCUUUUAGCUUGUGGUUCCACCGAUUAUCGUGUUCGUGUCUUCUCAGCUUUUAUCAAAGAAACGGAUUCUGGGGAUAGUGAUUCCGCCUGGGGUGUUAAAAGUUCUUUCCAGACUCUUCUUUUUGAGGCUUACAAUGGCCAUGGCUCGUGGAUUCACUGUGUCUGCUUUUCUGCUGAUGGUAAUAAACUGGCUUGGGCGGGUCAUGACUGCUCUUUGAGCAUUGCAGAGGCCAGGACCGGUAACCCACCGGUCGUGCGAACUAUUCGUACGCAUUAUCUUCCCCUUCUAAGUUGCGUCUGGGUGGCACCAAACAGCGUCCUCGGCGCUGGCCAUGAUUGCUGUCCUAUUCUAUUCAACUAUUACGGACCGAUGAAGGGGAUUUCAGAAGGCAAAAUGAUCGACCUUAAGAGUGAGUCUCAAGGUGCAACCAAGGUUUCGGCGUUUAGCCAUUUCCAAAAUAUUGAUCGUAUGGCUACCACUGACACCGCUGAUACGCGUCUUACCACUAUUCACCAAAACUCUAUCACUGAGCUGUGUAUCAUGAAAGGCAAUAGAUCAAAGGCUCUUCAGGUCACCUCGAUUGGUCGAGAUGGCCAAUUGGUUAUUUGGGACAUGGACUCUUUGCCCUCACAAAUCGCGGGUCUUACAAUCAACUGA